AUGGGCGCCGUCGUUUCUUGUAUCCAGUCCUGUUUCCGUACUAUCGGGCGGACCAUCAUGGCCAUCAUCAACGGCAUCGGCGGCAUCAUCAUGGCCAUCGUGAACGGCAUCGUCAACUUCCUCAACAUCAUCGUCGGCUGCCUGACCUGCAACACCUGCGGCGGGCGCCGCCGCCACAGCGCGGGUCGCACCCACGGCACCACCACCGGCAGGCACCGCGGCUUCGGUAGGCGCAGGCACGUCGUCUAA